CUCUCGUUGUGAACGGACGUGGUUUUUUGGUUACUACACGAACGAUUUUUUGUUGAAAACGCGGGCGUAACCAACAAAUAAAUGCAACGACAAUAGCAUGCAAAACGUCCGCGUUUCUAUACUGACUUUAACAUUUUAUUUUCGAGUCAUUUCUUAGUUGUUGCUUUCGAUUAUUGUGCAAGUGAAAAGUGAAGUGAAUGGUCGAGCGGUAAAUGACGAGCAAAACAAAUUUCGCCCCCGCUGCUGUCAUCGAUCACUAAUACAUACAUACAUAUAUCAAUGUGAAUAUUAAACAUAAGUGAACUAAAUAUAUGCAAACAUAUCAGAUAUUGCAAUACAACAACAUAUUAAACACAAGAUUGAUAUAUUUAUUUAUACAAAAACGGAUAAUAAGAAUAUUAUGGAUAGAUCCCAAUAAUAAAAGUUCAUAUCAAAGCAAUCAAAGUACCACCAAAAACAUAUCAAGGCUGAAAAAUAUAGCCUACUUUGCGAUUGAAAGGAUAUUAACAGUCGUGUUGAUUGAUUCGUAAAUGAAACAACUGCGCCAACGAAAAGUUCUGAUCAAACUCUAAUUUAUAUAUAUAUAUAUAAUAUAUAUGUUAGCAUUAAAAUCCAGUCAAGUUACAGACACCACUCCCAAAAGCCAACCCACCGUACAUAUCACAGAAUCACGACUUGCCGGGGCCUUUUGAGUGCGUCUGAAUAAGGUUGAUUAAUUCAAAUAAUGCGCAUACGAUAAGAUCGAUGUUACCAAAAAAAUUGAUGUCCCUCCAUGAUAUUCCCAAGCGAAAAGAAAAAAGAACUAUUGCGUUAUGCGUCCAGAAACAAUCCGGCUACGUGCGAUGCGGAUGGGAUACCGAUACCCAUGCAGCAACCACAGCGGCAUCUCCCUCAACAUCAACGCCUCCCUCAGACCUCAGUUGCCAAUUGCUGCUGCUGCUGUGCGAACGAUCCUUCGACAAUGCGUCAGUUAAGCACCCCCCCGCCACCGUAUUGCUUGAUAUCCUGCUCCAUAGACUACUCAGGCUCGUAUCGCCCCAAUCGACAGCACAGGUCAACAGCCCAGGACCAGCAGCAGUUGAUAUAUCGCACAGAUUCGCAAGUGGAAGUGGAAACGGAAGCGGACAUGUCCGUGUCCGUGUCCGCCUCGGCGACCGAGGAAUCGGAUUAUUCCUAUAUGAAAGGCGGCUGCAGUUACGCAAGCUCUGGCGCCGAUUUAUUGAGCGACGAAAACGGGCUCUAUCCAAUGUCUGUGGAGGGAUCAGUGCCUGCGUAUUACAAUACACAUCCGGAGCCGGUGCGACUUUUUCCAACAACGUUUGCGGCAACAGCGGCGAACAUGUUUCGCAAUUGUUGUGGCGGCGGCCAUACGACAGACUCCAGCAGUGGAUCCACAGCGAGAACGAGCCCGCCAGACAGCAGACGAUACAUGCUGAACCGACAACGCACCUCGACACCACCCACCACCACCAACACCACAACCACCACCUGCCCAAUACAUCCCCACUUGGCAACAGUAAACACAACAGGAGCAACCUUGCGUCAUCGCACACUCAACCAAAAUGUCAAUGCACUGUUAAAACCGUUCAAGAACAAGCAGAUUGCCGAGCUGCUCCAAGCCGUCAAAAGUCGCGUCGAUCCGCCUCCCAAGUGCAACUCGAUGCCGACCAACAACAAUACCGUCAUCACGAGCACGCCAAGUUACUUGCAGUGCAUUCUGAUAAAGUGCACCUCGCCCCUCGACGAGGAUCAGCACGUGACCACAUGCCAGCUCUUUUUUUGGUCCGACCUCAGGGAUGGCCGCGAAUUGAGACGCCUGCCCAGUUGUCCCACUGCAAGGGAUUACGUCUACACGUGUUGCAACCCGCUGCAUUGGUAUCGCAUAAUGCAUCCCAUCGAUUCAGAAUCCGCGCCUCCACCGUAUCAGCGUUCAAAAAUGCUCAGACUAAGAGAUACAGAUUCCGAGGGAAACACUCAAAACAUCGACAACCACCACCACCACAGCAACAGCAACAGCAACAACCACAGCCAAAGCAUUUCGAGCAUCAUCAAGCAAGCGGAGCCACAGUUGUAUGUGCCAAGUCUCGAGUCUUUCACCACUGAUGGCAAAGAUCGCAGCGCGUGCUCUAAGGUCUGGUGUCAGAUUGCCUAUUGGGAGCUCUCCCAACGGGUUGGGGAGUUCUUUCACGCCAAAAAGUUAGCCGUUAAUAUCCAUGCGGACGGACCGAUCGACAGCAGCGGAGUAUGUGAGAGUAUGUGCUUGCGUGAUUUGGGGGGCAAACGGCCCCCAACGGAUGCGGUUCAGAACACGCGACAAAAGGUCGGUCUGGGUGUGACUUUGAGCUUGGAGUGCGGUGAUGUCUGGAUUUACAAUCGCAGUAAUGUGCCGAUAUUUGUGGACUCACCGACGUUGGCCGAGCGCUUGGAUCGAGUUUGCAAAGUGAUGCCUGGCUACUGUCUGAAGGCCUUCGAAACACACAGGGCUCAAUGGCUGGCUUGCAAGCAGUCGCAGCAUAACCAGCUGGGACCAAUCGACCGGUUUAGCAUGAAGAUCAGUUUCGCCAAGGGUUGGGGCAACACAUACCGACGACAGGACGUGAUGGGCUGCCCCUGUUGGCUAGAAGUGCACUUCAAUCAUCUACGGUGACAGUGUCAGCAGCCUGCGGGCAACAAUUGCAGCACAGCAACUGCAACAGCAACGGCAGCAGCAGCGAUACGUUUAGCUGAAUCCGUCUGUACCAACCCCAUAUGUUGUAGACCAAAUGUGCUCCAUCGAUCGCGACAGCUGCUGCAAAUUAUAGAGAGACUGCUUACGAGGCUGGGCAGUAAGGCAUGCACAUUGAGACUGCAAGCAAUUGGUAUGGGGAGCUUUAAAUUGCAACCGCAGCCGGACUAGCAUGUUGGGCAGGGAGAGACUAAUUAAUAGGGGCAACAAUGGACUGCUAAUGAAAUACUUUUAAAAGUUUAACUUAAUUAUGAAACAUGUUUCAAUUAAUUGCUAAAUGCCACAUCGAAAUUAACUUAUGUAUAAAGCAUGCGCGGCGACGAAGAGUUAGGAGUGUUAAAUUCAGAUAGUAAUUGAUUGUUAAACAUAGCUAAAAUUGAAAUCCUGUGAUUCACUCUAUAUGUACAUAUGUAUGCAUAUGUAUGUAAACACACACACACUGUAGUACGUACGGUUGCAAUGAACUCUUUAGUAUACUAUAUAUGCUAAAACAAUAAUGUGCUAAACUGAAAAAAGCGGGAGCAUAAACAUCAAUGGCAGCUUAAAUAUCAACAGAUAUAUAUUCAUAUAUAUAAUGUAUCUCAUCAGAUGGUUAUGUUUUGUAAUGGACUUUGCAUUCGCAAAUAUUUUGUUUUAAUGGAAACUUAUAAGUUCAUUUACAAAUGAAGUUCUCAAUGUCUUGAGAAGGUAUAUUUGAACUUUUAACAAGUACACGUAAAGUUCACCCGUUAAACAUUGAGAUAUAAAGCAAUUGCAAAAGUUCAUACAUGAUUGGGCAGACAACUUUUCAACUUAAUGUCAAGGGGUCAUUAAUUUAUCAUUUUAAACAUUACGUUUAUUUUAUAUUGAUAUGCAGUUCCAUCGAUUUUUUUAACUUUCGUUGAAUUUAUUAAAUAUUUGUAAUUCGCGUUUUAGUUUUCAUCGAGACCCAAGACACCAGGAACUCAGUUGCCUUUCAAUAAAAUGGAAAUGCAAAUUUGAGAAAGUGUCAGGCAUAUUUUGCUGCUCUGAAAUUAGUUAUAUGCCCACUGUUGAUAAUGUUGCCAUCCCAAUGUAGGCCAUUAAAACGUUCAGAAUUGCCGAAUCAAUUAUACAUACGUACAUACAUUUACACAUACAUACUACAUGCAUAUGUACACAUGUACAUUUUAAUUCCAAAAAUUUAUUAUUACAUUAACCAUACGCCCUUUUAUGAAAGCAUAAGUACAUACGAGUACAUAGUAUAAAUAAAUAAAAAGCUGAUUUUAAAACAUUGCUUGGACUUGAAUCAUUUUGAAUAUACUGAAGUCAAAGGUACACGAAUACGAAUAUGUACUGAUGAAUAUCUGUGUAUAUUAAUAAAUAUAUGCUUCUUUGUACAUUACUAACAAUAUAUUCAAAAUGAUCAAAUAAUUAAUCAGCGUUAAUAGUUGUAGCUUUACUGUUAAGUUUUAAGAAAUAUUUUGUAAUAAAAUUUCAAUAUAUUUACAAA